UAACAGUGCUGCUUAACCUAGAGUGAUCAUGAGACCCAACUGCAGCUGGAUUGGGCCCGAGAUCCCCCUGUCCUCUGAGAUCUUCAGUGCCAUCAAAGAUGAGCUGUGGCUGUUCCUGAUCCCAGCUGGUUUGGCUCUGCUCACUCUGGCUCUGUUUCUGGAGGAGGUGGGCUUCUUCCUGCGCCAUGUCCCCUCCCCCCGACGAAGACAGCUGUCCCUCUGGAUCCUGGGCAUUUACCCAGUGUUUGCUCUGAGCUCUCUGGUGGCGCUGUAUGUUCCUCGCUCCUCCUCCCUCUGCAAUUUUCUGGCUUCACUGUACCACUCGUUCACUCUGCUCAAGUUUAUGGGGCUGAUCACAGACCUGUUUGGAGGACAGGACACCAUGAUGCGCGUGCUCUCUGGACAGACCGUCUCCCCUGACCCUUUCCCCUGCUGCUGCUGCUGUUGCCUGCCCCUAGUGGCAGUUAAUAGGAGCAGUCAGGCCUGGAUGAUGGCGGCCGUGUUGCAGCUGUCGGUGGUGCGCAGUGUCCUGUUUUUUGUCACCCUGGUGCUGUGGACAGACGAGCGGUACGACUAUGGGGACAUGAACUCAGUAGACCCUAACCUGUAUGUGAAUGCCAUCAUCGGAGUGUCCACGUUUGUGUCCUUCUAUGGGCACCUGCUGUUCUACAAGGCCACACGGAGAGCCCUCCCGGGGUACAGUCUCAGGGCCAAGUUCGGCUGCAUCAUUGUUGUGCUGGUGCUGUGUGGGCUUCAGAGCAGCAUCCUAGAGACCAUGGGCGCUCUGAGAGUCAUCCCCUGUACCCCACCCUUCUCUGUACUGGCCCGCUCUCAGUUGAUCUACCACUACUGUGUGAUCGUGGAGAUGUUUUGCAUCAGCCUGUAUGCCCGCCACACAUUCAGGAAAGUGGAGCCCAGCCUGGCCCACGACCAGGAAGAAGAGGCAGCUACAGGUGCAAGGAGGCAGGAGGAGAAGGCCGUGCAGACCCAGAGCAGGGACCAAAGCUGGGGCGUCAGGAGGGACCGUCACAGGGGCGCUGGAGCAAUGGACCACAGGGGACAGAGUGGGGAUCAGGGCUGGGACAUUGGGGCAGUGGACAGACGCGACAGUGGGGACAGUCUGUGCCGGAUCGAGCACGCACCACUGGAGACAUUCAGCUUCCCAAAUAAAAGGCCCAAACCUGGAGAGGAGACCAGCACUGUCACCGUGGAGAUGAGACCGGAGACCACUUCUGUUACUGUAAUAUGACUCCGUUCAUUAUUUAAUGUAAAUAAGACUAAAGGAAGCUUUUCUGAAAUGUUUGCUUUUAUUUAUUUUGCUUUCACUUUGCAUGGUACAGUUUUAACUUGCACUUGGGGAUGUAGUGACAACUUUGUUAACUGACAAUGGUUUCCUGAAGUGUCCCUGAGCCCAUGUGGUAAUAUCCUUUGCACAUUCAUGUCUGUUUUUGAUACUUUACCGCCUGAGGGAUCAAAGGUCACGUGCAUUCAAUACUUGUUUUCGGCCUUGCCGCCUACGUGCAGAUAUUUCUCUAGAUUCUCUGAAUCUUUUGAUGAUAUUAUGGACUUUAGAUGAUGAAAUCCCUAAAUUCCUUGCAAUUGUACGUUGAGAAACCUUGUUUUUAGACUGUUGGACUAUUUGCUCACGCAGUUGUUUAAAGUGGUGAACCUCGCCCCAUCCUUGCUUGUGAAUGACUGAGCCCUUCGGGGAUGCUCCUUUUAUAUCCAAUCAUGACACUCACCUGUUUCCAAUUAACCUGUUCACCUGUGGAACGUUCCAGACAUGUGUAUUUUAAGCAUUCCUCAACUUUCCCAUUCUUUUGUUGCCUCUG